UUGGCUUUAGACAUGAGUUUGUUGGAGAGAAGUAGCAGCAGCAGCAAUACCAACGAUUAUCUGCUAAGUUCUGAUGAACUUUUUCUCAAAGAAUUGGAAAGUCGCGAUGGGAUAUAUUCAUUUAUAUAUCAUGAACUGGAGACGACAACAACAAGGAACUUAGAAAUGACCGAAAAUGACAAAAGCCGGGGAAGUUGUUUGCUUGAAACUUCAAAUUGCACUGGGAAACAGGAUCAUCAGCAAUUCAUUAUUUAUCAAAUUGAAGAAGCGAAUACGGAGGACAUUUUAACAACACCUGAUGGGAUUAAUAUUCCUGAAAAUAAUAUUUCCGAAACUACAGAAAAAACAACAACCAAUAUAUCCACAUUUUCCAUUAACAAUAGUAUCUCAACAGAAACCCUUCAACUAAAGCAGACAUCUUCGUUGGAGUUGUGGAAAACCUGGUACCCACCAUUUGGUUUAUCUCCCUGCCGCUUUGCCGGUCAACCACAAUUGUUCAGUAAAAAUAACAAGGAUUUUCGUAUACGCCAUGCAACACCACGUUUCUCACAUAUCACCGUGCCGAUGGUGCGUAAUCGUCGCCACCGCUUGAAGGAAACAUCGGAAUAUAAAAAAUUCCCCAUUGAAGGUUACACUCCAGAUUUGAGGUCGCUGUUUCCCCACGAUCCUGAUGUUCAUGCUCCGUUCACAGGGAAAAUUGAUGUCAAUGAGAAAUAGUUUAAUUUUUUUCAAGACAAAUUAACAACAUUUGUUUAUUUAUUAAAAUAGUGGAAUAAAAUGAUAUCAGAGAUAGAAUUUUUUAUGAGGAACUAAUAUAUAUUAACAAAAAAUAAAUAAAUAAAAUAACAAAUAAACAAGUAAGUUCGGCCGGGCCGAACUUUGAAUACCCUCCACCAUUUAGA